CCCACCUCCCCUCUUGACAGGAAGAUGGUGAGGGAACAGGAAGAGACGCGGAGAGACUGCACGCAAUAAAGGCUGCCUGGCUUGAGUUGGUAAAAGAACAACAAGCAGGGGGCCCUGGUGGGGCACUGUGAAGAAGACAGGCAAGAGGAGACACUGGAGAGAUGAGCACUCUUCCUCACUUCCUGUCUGGGCUGCAGUAGGUCACCAUGGACCCUGUUUCCCAGGUGGGCGUUGCCAUGGAAUUGGACGAGGUCUCCGCGGAGACGGUGAUGGGGGGCGGCGUCGGGGCGGAGGUGGAGCUGCAGGAGGAGGCGGAGAACGGAGACGCGGAGCUGUCGGUCGGGCAGAGCCUGAUCAGCCAGUGCAGGUGGGACCAACCCAGCCUCCUGGCCGACUCCAGCGAGGAGGAAGACUACAAUGGCGUGGCGGAGAGGGGCCAGCGGGAUGGAUGUCGAGGAAGAGGGGAGAGGCGGCAGGGGCAGGGCAGCGAGGGUGGCGGGGAAGGGGCAGGGGGCAGGACCUCCGAUCUGGACGACAUCUGGAACACCAGCCCGUCCAGGAUGGCGGGGGGGGCGGGCAAGGACGGCUCGUUGUGCUGGGAGUGCGGGAAGAGCUUCGCCACGCUGGAGCAGCUGGUGCUGCACUUCAAGGCUCACAAGGCCGAGAUGGUGUGCAACGUGUGCCGCAUCACCUUCCGCCGCGUGGUCUCGCUGCGCCUCCACCUGGCCAACGUGCACAGUGACCUGCCUCUGCGCUGCCCCUGCGGCCAGGCCCUCGCCUCCCUGUGGGCCCUCAACCAGCACCUGGCGUCCCACCCGGCCCACUAUGCAACCCAGCUCCAGGAGGUAGCACGCCUGGAGAAGAAGAGGCUGAACGGACAGCCGCCAGACGGGUUCCCCUGUCCAGACAGCCAGCAGGGGUCCCCAAAAAUGGCCGAGCCGGGGGAUGAGGACACCUCGGUAUCUCCUCCCCGCCUUGGCGAGGGGCCCGGCGCUCUCUGCACCACCUACGCCGCCUCCUCCGCGGGGGACCACACCUACAACGAAAGCGACGGCGGCGCUGGCCACACGAGGACCUACGCCAUUCGCAUGCGGCACACCAAGAUGGUCACGCUGGGCUUCUCCCCGGAGGACUUGCCCGAAGAAGCCCGGAAGAAGAAGCUCCAGAUUUUCAUGUUCCGCAAUGUCGGCCUCCGCCGCAGCCAGGGGGGAGAGGAGGAGGAGGAGGACGAGGAAGAGACGCAAGUAGGGAAGGGAGCGGGAGCAGAGAGAGUGCCCAAAGAGGAAGAGCAGGAGGUCGCCCUGUCGACGCUUUUUGGGGCUCCGGUGGAGGAAGACGACGACAUCAAGCCAGACGUCUCCUCCCUCGUGCCCCCGCUUCCUUCCCCCCGUAAGGAACGGAUUCUGGUGAAGCCUGGCGUGCGUCUUGGGAUAAAGCAGGAAAGCCCGUCUUCUAGCGGGGACUUGAGCUCGAGCCUGGCCAGCAAGCGGGAGGAGGAGCGGGACGCUCUGGAAGAGGAUAGCAGUGACGGAGGGGACAGCCUACCCCCCGGAGACUCGGACUUCAAUCCCGAAGGUCUCUCGGGGGCGUCCAGCGACUCCAGCAACCCCAGCAGCAGCAGCUGCAGCAGCGGUAACUCCAGCGGCUCCUCCUACCGCCCCCGGAAGAGGCGGCGGACGCGGAAAGCGAGGAGGAUGCCGACACGGGCCGCGAACGGUAGCCGGUCGGCUCCCACCAAGGGUGCCGGUCCGGCCCAGUCUGGCUCCAGCCACUGCGAGCAGUGCGGCGGGCGUCUUCACCAGUCCGCCUACUUCAGGUUCCGCCACAUGUUCUGCUGCUCCCAGCGGAAAAAGACCAAGUACCCCUGUGCGGACUGCUCCAGCACCUUCCCCACGGAGCUGGCUCUGCUGGACCACAAGGCCAAGAUCCACCACUGCCACACAGUCCGCAUGUACGCCUGCGAGUCAUGCCGGGAGGUCUUCCCCGACUGUGUCGUGUUCAGGCGCCACACCUGUCCUGGCAAGGCCACCAUCUCCCCAGCCCCCCUCCGAACCCCGAUCCCUAGCCUUGGGUCACCUGUCUCGGCCCCAACUCCUGGGACGUCGGUCCUGCCUCUCCCAGCCAUCCAGUCCCAGGCCAGUUUGCCCAGUAACCAAAUCUCGAAUCCUCCCACUGGGAUGUCAACACUAACCCUUAACCCAAGCAGCACCACCCGAACCUCUGUACCGGGUACAUUCAUCCUGGCCCCUACCUCUGCAACCAUGGUGCAGGCCCCUCUUGACAGUAAACUCAUAGUAACCUCUGCCUCUGGCAUUGCUGCAACACUGGCUCCUGUGCUUAGUAACUCCAUGCAAGGCCGUUACACGAUGACCACUGCCCCAGCUCCUCUCCAAGGGAAUACCACCUAUGUUCCUGUUGUGACCAGCCGUAUCCCAGUGCUUGCCACUGGUAACCCUAUCCCAGCUCCCAGCAGUGCCAUUCCAGCCUCAAUCCAAGGCUCGGCCAUACUCACUCCUGUCCCUGGUAAUCCAUUCCCAUCCUCGAUCCAAGGUUCAGCCAUCCUAACCACUGUCCACGGUAAUCCGAGGACAGUCCCAAUCCAAGGAUCUGCCAUCCUCACUCCUGUUCCUGGUAAUCAAAUCACAGCUUCAAUCCAAAGGUCUACCAUCCUCACUUCUGUCCCUGGUAAUCCCAUCCCUGCCUCAAUUCAAGGGUCUGCCAUCCUCACUCCUGUCCUUGGUAAUCCCAAAACAGCCUCUAUCCAAAGGCCUCCGGCCCCUGGCAGUGCCAUCCCAACCCCGAUCCAAGGAACUGCCAUCCUUGCUCCUGUGCCUGGUAACCACAUCCCUGCCCCAAUCCAAGGAUCUACUAUCCUUGCUUCUGUGCGUGGUAAUCCUGUCCCUGCGCCAAUCCAAAGAUCUGCCAUACUUACUCCUGUCCCUGGUAAUCUCAAACCAUCCCCGAUCCAAGGGACAGCCAUCCUAACUCCUGUCCAAAGUAAUCCUAAACCAGCCCCGCUCCCUACGGUCAUUGCCCAAGGCACACCACAGGUCACCCCCUUGCAGAGUGCCCCAACUUUGGCUGCUACUUUGUCAAUGGGUAGCACCCUUCCCCGUCUGCCCCUUCCAGGCGUAGUGUUGCCUUCCUCCGGCCAGGAGAAAUCGGGGACACAGCCCAUGGUGGCCACACUUGUUUUCAGCAAUGACAUCACGGGUAACAGAGUUGCCAGGGUGGUUUUUCAGACUCAAACCCCUACUGUCCAACCUCAGAUGCAGCCGGGCUUGACGGUCCAGGCGGUGCCUCAGCCCCCCGCCCCAAGCCCACAGCCGCUGCCUCACGCCAAGCUCCCGAACGGGCACCCCAGACCACCUCAGGAGCCGCUGAAAAUCCUGGCCCUGUAUGCGAGCCGCGGCCAGGGCCAGCGCCCAGCGGAGAGGGGCCAGGGGCGGCCGGCCACCUUCAAGUGCCGCGAGUGUGGCGCCAGCUCCCGCCAGCCCUCGCUGGGCAUCUGUCACCGCUACCUCCACCGGGGCUGGCGCGGGUACCGCUGCCCGUGCGGCCGGGUCUUCGUGCGGCGGCUCCACCUGCUGCGGCACCAGGUCCAGCACGCCGAGGCCACCCGCUUCGUCUGCGCCCCCUGCGGGCGGACGUUCUCGGGUGCCCAGCGCCUCGCCCGCCACAAGAUGGGGAAGGAGGAGAAGGGGGGCAGGAGGGAGCGGCGUCUCUCCACACAGACGCGGCCGGACAAGAAGAGGAAGAGGAGGAGGAAAGGGGUGGCGAGGGCGUGCCGCGCGCCCUUCACCUGCGAUUGCGGGCAGCCGUUUCGGAGGCCAGCGGCCUUCAUGUGGCACAAGAUCCAGAACACUCGGCCUCUCAGACGGCCGGCCCGUGCCAGCGUGCCCGUGUCCGGGAUCUCCUCUAGUUCAGCCAAGAGGAUUGUCUAGUACCUCCCCUUUUGUUUUUGCAAUUCUUUUUUUAUAAUAAAAGAUGCAAAUGGAAAAGUGAGAAACUUUAUCCAGCUCUGCUACUUCAAUAUAUUUGAAUCUAUGGGCUCUUUGUUAAUGAGGUGGCAGGCAUGAGGUGAGAAACCGCAUGUAGCCUGGACAGUACUGGAAAACCAGGUGGCUGCUGUCAGUGGCGUUCGUGGACCACAAGGCGGCGCUCUUACCUCCGCAGCAGACGUUCCAAACUAGUUCCUCAAGCUCAACGUCUGGUGAGGUGUUAAGACACUGAUAUUCACUCCUGGUCCUGUAGGGGGCACUGUGUGACCUGGUUUUCAUUCCACCCUGCCCUGUUACUGACUUGAUAUGGAUCAUCUGGUUAUUUACUGGUUCUAUAUUCCCACUGUUUCUGUUUCUUUGCUCACUGAAGAUUAUAAAUUGGCUGCCAAGCCCUUCCUUGACCAGGAGUGAAAAUCACUGGGGGGAACGGAUAUCCUGAUGACCUGGUCAGUAAAGAGCCCAGAACAAUGUAUGCAACAGUAGGCAUGUUCACCCUGGAGUACUAACCAAACCCCACGCUAGGCUGUGCACUCUGUCCUUAAGUUCACUGUUAACCCACCUAGUGCUGCAGUUUCUCUCUCCUUCCCUCUGAAUUGGUGCAGAAGGACCUCUGUGUGUCUCUCAGGUGGUGCUGCUGGGCAGAAGGACCACUGUGUUUCUCCCAGGUAGGGCUGCUGGUGCAGAAUUAACCCAGUGUGGCUCCCAGGUUGGGUUACACUUCAGUGGAGUUUUGGUGGGUUCUCUGUUACAUGUAAAGCACUUCGGGAUGAUAGAUGGUGAUAAGUGCAACAUAAAAUGCAAUUUAUUAUAACAACUGGGUUUAUGCUGUGUCUAUGGACAGUGUAUCAAGAUAAACCCAGUGUAAUGGGAGUACAGGCAGUGUCCUAAUGAGGGGGCUGGAGGUGGUAAAUAAAAGUCAGGGACACCUAAUCUAUUUUGAAAAUCACUUUUAAUCAGAAAAUAUAAAAAAGCCCACAACAAUAUAUAUUUACAUUGCUUACAUUAAAACGUGUGCAAAAAUUAAGCUGUAAACGUCUUGAUUUCAAUCAUGCAUGUUGGCAAAAUCAGAACAGGCUUCACCGGCUGUAGUUAGCUGGGGCUGGUGAUACUCCCACACCAGAGCAACGCUGUCUGAGCCACUACAAGCUUUAUAGUGUUGUGAGUCAGACGAGCAUUGCACAGCAGUCUGAUGCAGGUCUUGCAGUUUCAGCCAGACUCCCAGUGCACAGCAGUCUGAUCCACUGCAGGUCUUACAGUAUCAGCCAGACUCCCAGUGCACAGCAGUCUGAUGCAGGUCUUACAGUAUCAGUCAGACUCCCAGUGCACAGCAGUCUGAUCCACUGCAGGUCUUACAGUAUCAGCCAGACUCCCAGUGCACAGCAGUCUGAUGCAGGUCUUACAGUAUCAGCCAGACUCCCAGUGCACAGCAGUCUCAUCUGCUCCAGCUCUAACAGCGCGGCCAGUCAGACUCCCACUGCAGAUUGCUCAAAAAUCCGGAUUCAGUUAAAUUAAAACAACCGUGAAGAAUUACCACACGCUUGGUAGGUUUGUGUCCAAACUGUAACAAAAGGUUAUAGGAGUUACAGAUGGACUCCUAGAGCGGAACACUCCGAUGCGAAUAGACGGAAGUUCGUCUUGUCUUGCAGUACUGCUAUUUUACCGGCAGAGGGGGCGCUUGCUUUCUAAAUAACCUCCCGACAGCAGCCUGUGGCUUGAAGCAAAUUCAAAUUUAGCUUUUUUUUUUAAAAAAAAAGGCAAUAACAUAUUACUAAAUAACAUUCCAUGUGUGAUUAAUCUGCUGUUUAAUCGUCGGUCACACAAACCAGGAGCUAUUUUCAGAUU